AGAGACUCAGAGAGAGAGGCAGAGAGACAAACAGACAAACAGAGAGAGACAGACAGAGAGACAGACAGAGAGACAGACAGACAAAGAGCCUGGGAGACAGACAAAGACAGACAACAGCAUGUCUCCCUCCCAGUCCUCACUACUACUGCUACUGCUGAUGGUCUCCUGCUCCUGGGCCUCACACUUUUUAGGAGGAACCAUGACCUUCAACCCCAGAGGGACCAACCCAGACGGAACCUACAGGGUGGACCUCCGUUACAAGGCAGCCCUUCUGUCUCGCGGCUGUUUUUCUGAUACCUGGUCGUGUAUCAGUGGGGACUGUGGGAAUGAGAUCAGUUUAGUGGUUAACACAGUGGACCAGGGGAUAUCUGAGGACUGGUGUCAGACAGAGGGAGUCAUGACUAGACACGUCUCCAAUAACACACAGACUUUUGAUCUGCUAUUGGAUGGCGGAAACUGGAUAGAUAAUGAUAAUUCUGUUGUUCUUUGGUGGCUGUGGACUCAUGUGGAUCUUGGGGUCAGAUCUGACACGAAGACAGUCAACCGAUCUCCACAGACCACUGUCGUACCUCUGAUGCGUGUCCCUGCUAAUUGUCCAAGAGAUUUCAACCUGUUGUCAUUUGAUCCAGACGGGGAUGAGGUCAGAUGCAGAUAUGCAGUACCAACGGACGAGUGUGUCACAUCAAGUGACCUUCCUAAUGACUUCACUCUACAAGAGAACUGCACCUUGUCAUUUUGGGGCAACAGUAAUACCACUGGAACAUAUGCAGUUCAGAUAGUGAUGGAGGAUUUCCCGACUCAGACCAUCUCUCUCUCCUAUACUGACGGAUCUCAAUCUAUCAGGACCUCAAACAACACACUCUGCAAACUACCUGUUCAGUUUGCAGUGAGAGUGGACCCCCCGGUGACAUCCUGUAUGGAGGGCUUGUACCUACCUAUGUUCCUGUCUCCAACGCCAGCCCAGGGUGCACUGCUCUACGCCUCUGCAGACCAACCCCUGGAAAUCACUGUCAGAGCACAGGCUACCCAGUCCACGGUUUCAGAGCUGUUGGUGAGUGGACCUUCCAGUAUCACAGAGAACACCACUGUCCCAGGAGAAUACCUUCUAAGGUGGACGCCCACUGAGGAUGAGGAGGGAGGGUACUAUCCUGUGUGCUUCAUCGCUCAGGGAGUGAACGACAGUUCCAUGUAUCACUCUGAGCUGCGCUGCCUGAUCGUCAGGGUUGGAAACACAAGUGCCAUCAGAACCACAGAGGAACCAACAACCUCCCCUCCUCUGGCAAUAAACCUCACAACCACAGAGGAACCAACAACCUCCCCUCCUCUGACAGUAAACCUCACAACCACAGAGGAACCAAUAACCUCCCCUCCUCUGACAACAAACCUCACAACCACAGAGGAACCAACAAGCUCCCCUCCUCUAACAACAAACCUCACAACCACAGGGGAACCAACCUCUCCUCCUCUGACAAUACAACUCACGACCACACAGAUUUCACCUGCACUUCCAAAUACCACCCAAACAACUACUGAACUCACAACCACACCCACAAAUGUCAGUACGUACGCUCCCACAACUACCACAGCACCCACAACUUUAAGUACACACCCAACCACCGAUCUCACAACCCAUAUUGUGGACGGUACAACAACGAGCAGUGGGCCUAGAUACGUUGUUGUACUGAGGAUAAAACUGUCCUCUCUGAUCCCACUAACAGAUGACUACAUCAGAAACGUGGUUUUACAGCAGCUCCGUGAGGAACUGAUCAGACAAGGGCUGCCAGGGGACUUCGCGCUACGCCUGAGAGCCACUCAUGGGAUCAGUUCCUGAGGGAGGAACAGGAAUUCAGAUCAACAUUCUUCACUCCUACUUGUCUUGUCUUCCUGGUUCUGAUUCUGCAGAAAGUUCUUCUGAAGAAGAAGUGGUUCCUUAUAAUGACAGAAUAUGGUUGAUUUGUACUAAUCUCUUGGGACAGACGCACGUAACAUGAAUUAUGAUUUUUGUUCUGGAUUGCCAGGAUUAGUUGAAUGGACUGACAGUGCUUCUGACUGGAUGUUAGUUGAAUGACUAACAUGACUGGGGUUCUUUCCUGUUUGGUAAUGUACAGAGGUAGACUGGGGUUCUUUCCUGUUUGGUAAUGUACAGAGGUAGACUGGGGUUCUUUACUGUUUGGUAAUGUACAGAGGUAGACUGGGGUUCUUUCCUGUUUGGUAAUGUACAGAGGUAGACUGGGGUUCUUUCCUGUUUGGUAAUGUACAGAGGUAGACUGAGGGUCUUUACUGUUUGGUAAUGUACAGAGGUAGACUGAGGGUCUUUACUGUUUGGUAAUGUACAGAGGUAGACUGAGGGUCUUUACUGUGUCAAGAAUGGUUGGUUGAGGCUCAGUUUUCUGUGACAUUUUAGUGACAGAGGACACCGGUAGGGAGGACCCACUUGUAAACA